AUGCCAAACCCUGCGGCUAAAGAAGAUACCUGGGCAUUUGGACCCAUAGGCUCACCAUUUCCUGACAAUCCCGUUCGGGCCAUAGGUCAGCAAAAUAUGUAUGUGGCCCUGUGGUACAAACACGGUAAGCCAAUUCACGGACGAGCAUGGAACAACGGUGGUGUUAUUGAGUGUUCCUUCCCAUACAUCAAAGCCGAGUUGACAGGAGCUAAAGACCUCGGUGGGCAAAUCCAGGUGUUGCAAUACAAAGGCAACCAUUUAAGUUUGGGUUUUUGGUACAACUGGAUCAAAUACAAAGAUCGUUUCGACAAAUUCGAAAAAGGAGCUGAGUUGUUACACUGUGGCGAUUCUUUUCCUAUUUUCUGGCAAGAUCGCAAGGAAGGAUCGCUGCUUGGCUACGUGGACAAUAAAACUGAAAUCGCUCGCUUUUCACAUGACGGAAAAGUAGAAGAACUGUCAGGAGGGGCACUAUCUGAUAUGCUCAUCAUUGUGCGUGAACUAAAGGGAGGGCCACCAAGUUGUACGUGUGAAGAGUGUUCUAGUGGACCACCUAAACCAGUCGUACGUGUAACGCUGAAUGAAUGGGCAGACUUUCGUUGUGGUGAUCCAUGGCCCACGACUGGCAAACCUGUUCAAGCUCUUAACAGAUCUCUCAACACUUUGCCAAACGAGAAUCCAGAUCAAUACGUAGCGUUAUGGUACCAAUCUGGCGAGCCCGUAAUGGGUCGUAUUUGGAACGAUGGAGGCAAAAUCGCCGCAUGCUUUGGUUGGGGUGGCCAUGAGUAUCACAACAAUAUUGGUUCGAUUCAAAUUUUGUUCGAAUUACCAGAGCAAAUUCGUGGAUUCGACUAUGCUUGGAAGCCGUUCAAAGAAGCUGCUGAUUUCGGUACCAAGGAGUGGAUUCCUGUACACGUGGACCAGCACAAGGGUAAUAUCUCCCCAGCCGUAUUGAUAAUCGAUGGUAAAGAGAUUCUCGGCAAGGCUGAUAUUCGUAAUGAGCGUGCAACUGUUGGCUACGGAGGUGAGGAAAAGGUUUACGUAGGUCCAGCAGUCCAUACUUGCGUGGUAUUGUGCAGAAAAGCAAAGCCUGGUUGUACCAUCGAUUGA